UUGCAAUCCGUUUUAUUUUCAAAACCAUUUCACAAAACCAAAUUCAUAUUCAACAAUGGGCCAGUCAUUGCAGAAAUUUGCUCCUGGUUAUUGUAAAUAGGAAGCGAGGCUAAAAUGGCGAAAAUAAUAGAUGCAACAGCACAAAGAUAUUAUGUGAAUUGUGACACCAAGGAUUGGGUUUUCAUUGAUUUCUACAGAGCUGUUUGUGAAGUAGCCGAACAGAUCAAUAAAGAUCUUGGCAACACCCAAUUUAGAGUACCAUCCGAAGAAGCUCUUCAACAAGCAUUCUAUAAACAUCACAAAGGUGUAGGAAAGAUAUUGAAGAAAGAUGAGUUCCAAAAAAUUCUACAAGAUGUAAUGAUACACACAGGAUUUACAGGCAUUGGUGCAAAAGACAUUAUUCUUGGCAUAUUUGGAGUUCCUGCAACUGCAUUUCUCAUCAAACAAGGACUAAUUCCUAGAGCUAUGCCUAAUGAAAUUUUUAUCCCUUUAGUUACCUCUACCACUGUCUAUAUUCUUGCUAAAUUGAACAAGAUAUGAUACGAUUUGUUGAUGAUACGAAAAUUCGAUGAUGAUGUCAAUGUUGUUUUACUAGUAAUUUGUUUGUUGUAGAACUAAUUCAAAGCUCAGAUGUGUACAUUCAGUGGCGGAUCUAGUGUGAUGUCACUAAGGUCGGUUGACAUCACUUAGAUACAAAAUAAAAUUAAAUAUUACAAAUAAAUAUGUCCUAGAUGAGUUAACCAGCAAUCUAUUAUCAUCUACAUAUGUAACCAGGGAUCAAAACCCAAUAAUUUUAUUUUAUUUAAAUUGACAUCACUUGUUUUUUUUCCUAAAUAUGUCACUGUGAAACUACAUUGUUUACAUGCACAUAAGCAUCUAUCACAAA